AUGGACAAGCACAGAAAUAAGAACUUCAGCAUCGAAGAAGUCAUGGUUUUGGUUUCAGAGGUGGUGGCCAGGAAGGAGAUAAUCGUCGGGGCCAUUUCAUCAACCAUCACCAACGCCAUGAAAACUAGGGUGUGGGAUUGCAUAAGCGAGAAAGUGAGCAAAGUGGAAGGGAGGCGGAGGUCAGCGGACGAAGUCAGAAAAAAGUUCUCCGUUGAAAAGAGUAAAGUUAAGAAGAAGGCAGCGGAAAUCAAGCGGUCAUCAAGAGCUACAGGAGGUGGACCUGCUCUCCCCCCUCUAUCUGAGUGGGAGGAGGUCCUGAGGGAUUUUAUUGGAGAGGAGGGAAUCUCUGGAUGUGCGAGUGACGCCCUCGAGACCCCCGUCAACUCAACCAACUCAACGGCAACUAUUACACCGGCUGUCGAGAUUGAAUCAGAGAAGGACGCACUUCUCACCUUGGCAUCAAUGGCAAAUGGAUGUCAAAAGAUCGCCGUAGAUGUUUCUGAUGAUGUAACUCAACUUGACACACCACAGUCUCGGCGCAAGAGAAGGCGAAGCAGUGAUGAAUUUGCUGACGUCUGGGACCGGUGGUUAAGGUUAGAGGAAGAGCGGAUAACCGUCGAGAAGGAGAGACUUGAGGUUGAGAAGGAACGUCUGCGGCUCGAACAGCGGAGAUUCGAUCGCGAAGACGAGAUAAUCAGAUCACAACGGGAAUCACAGUCAUCUUUUGUUGACCUGAGAUGAAGUCUCGAGAGGAAUGCCGCCGUAUACUCACUGCUGCUUAUGAGGAUGCAUCGUACUUGUUUAAUAAUCGCUAUACCAAAUUUAUAGCACAAUAAAAUAUUGUCUGAAUACAAAAACAUACUAUUUCGUAGUGUAUUUGUAUGCUCGUCAAAUAUUGAGAAAUUGGAAUA